UCUUCUCCCGAAAAGCCCUUAAUAAGCUUUUGCUUUGAUAUAUCAGAUCUCUCUCUUAGCGGCUUUUGAGAUGCGUGCUCCUUUAGGGCUUUCCUUUUAUACCCCAAAACGAGGCCUCUCCUUCUUCUCUCAUCUACUAAUUCUAACCCCUUCCUCUUCCUUCUCCUCUCUCUCUCUCUCCUUUUUUCUCAUACGCUUAUAGGGAGAGAGAAAUCUCACAGAGAGAGAAGUGAGUGAUGGCGAACGAGGAAGAGAUGCAAUGUGGGUCGAUGUUGUUCAAGCAAGAGGAGUUACAGGAGAUGAGUGGGGUCAAUGUUGGUGGCGAUUACGUUGAGGUCAUGUGUGGUUGUACCAGUCACCGAUACGGCGAUGCUGUUGCUAGACUUAGGGUUUUCCCAAGCGGAGACCUUGAAAUCACCUGUGAAUGCACACCUGGCUGCGAUGAAGACAAGUUGACACCAGCUGCGUUUGAGAAGCAUUCUGGAAGAGAAACGGCUAGAAAGUGGAAAAACAAUGUGUGGGUUAUCAUUGGAGGUGAAAAGGUUCCAUUGUCAAAGACAGUACUGCUCAAAUACUACAAUGAAGCAUCAAAGAAGUGCAGCAGAUCAAACAAAUCACAAGGUGGAAAAGUUAACCACAGAGAUGAGUUUGUUGGAUGCAACGAUUGCGGGAAAGAGAGGAGAUUCAGGUUGAGGAGCAGAGACGAAUGCCGCGUGCACCACAAUGCAAUGGCAGAUCCAAACUGGAAAUGCUCAGAUUUUCCAUACGACAAGAUAACAUGCGAGGGGGAGGAAGAGAGAGGGAGCAGGAAGGUGUACAGAGGCUGCACACGUUCACCUACUUGCAAAGGCUGCACAUCCUGCGUCUGUUUUGGCUGCGAGUUAUGCCGUUUCUCAGAUUGUACCUGCCAGACUUGUGUCGACUUCACCAGCAAUGUAAAAGCUUGAAGAAGGCAGUCAACUAUGAAAAAAAUUGUCUCAGACUUCCUUCGUUGCAUUUAAUAACUUAAUCCUAAAAUUUCAAACUUAUUUAUCUUAUCUUCAUGGUUGUGAAUGGAGCAAUUGAAAAAAAGUAAGGAAAAAAAAAGUUGAUUUCCAAGAAGAACAUGCAGACGAGCAUGCCUGAGUUUAGUGCAUGUCUUGAUUUUUUGGCUAGUGGCAGAGAAAAAAACAUAAAAGUGUUAUUAAUAGUUUGUUGUUACCCUUUA